GCUGUGGAUUACGGCAUAGCAUUCUGCACCAGUAGGGCGUAAUUAACGUUAGGAGCUGUAUAUGUACUUCUAAAAUAAAUUCUGAAAAACAUAAACUUGUUUAAGCAGUGACUUUAAUGGCAGCGAGUGUAGGAUUGGCCAUGAAUCCGCCCCACGCCACAGAAGAAAGGGCGGUUUUCACCCAGCUGAAGCCGGUGAGGAUGUCGGGAGCGGAGGGCGGCGAGGACACGUCCGUGUUUGAGGACGUCAAACCCGCGAUUCAACUAGAAUUAGACAAAUACCUUCCACAGGUCAGCAGUCCUCUCUUGAGUACCUCGAAUGACACUAGCGACAAGAAGUACAGACGAGAGAGCGCUUCCGUGGUUGACGAGUACUUCUCAGAGGACAAACCUGCCACCCCUUACAGCCUCAACAUCAACGUCAUCCUUCCCAGCACUACUCACCUCCGCACAGGCCUCUACAGACCUAACACCAAGACCCUCACGCCACAACAGAUCAAGACAGAACCGGGCAUGGAGGUGCCCUGCUCCAUCCCAACCAGCCAGGCCCUUCCAGACUUCACCUCUGUCUUCAGUGUGCCACCUGUAGUCAACAACGUUUUCAUAAAACCGGACUUGAGCUCUGGAGGAAUGGUGAGCGUGACCACAGGCUCUCAGCAGCAGCAGCAGCCAAACUUAGACACAGAGCUUCACAUCGGACCCCCGCCUCCACAGCCGCAGGUCUACCACAUGCCCAUCACGAGCAGCGCCGACCUCACCAUGACCCUAUCACACAACAGCCCACCACCGCACGGCUCCAACAGCAGCAGGACCAUGCUGAACCUCGGCAACGUCGCGUUGCCGACAACCAACGGCAACUACAUGAUGGCAGAGCACCAGGUGCCACAUCAUCACGGCUACUACCAGGCCUCUCCAAACAACUCAUCCCAGCACACGGCGCCCCACAGUCUACCGCCUUCACCACCAAACUCCCAGCCCGGAAGCCCAGAUGGCCAGGCAGAGCUGCUGAGCCUAGCACCCCAGGCUCCUCCCCCAUACCAGCAGCGCAUGGGAGGGAUAAAGGUGGCGGGGAUGUCUCAUCAUGCCAUGCUGAUGACACAUGGCCAGGGUGUCUUAACAGGUCCGAAAUACAACAGGCGAAACAACCCAGAGCUGGAGAAGAGGAGGAUUCACUUCUGUGACUACCCAGGCUGCACCAAAGUUUACACAAAGAGCUCCCAUCUGAAGGCACACCAAAGAACACACACAGGUGAGAAACCGUACCGUUGCACAUGGGAGAACUGCGACUGGCGCUUUGCUCGAUCUGACGAGCUCACCAGGCACUACAGGAAACACACCGGGGCCAAACCCUUCAAGUGCAUCGCCUGCAGCCGCUGCUUCUCACGCUCGGACCAUUUGGCCCUGCACAUGAAGCGUCACCAGAACUAACACACACAUACAAACACACUCCAUUACAUAUAAAUAGACAAGCCGCCUGAACCAAUCAUCUUUAAAGGAGUCAGAAACAAAACCAAAAUCAUCCCCUAUGCUCUGGUGUUUAAUUUUCCAUGCUAGCAGACAUCAAGAUGUAUCCAAAAAUCUUUUACUCAUUAAAAGCAGCACCACACGUACAGCACGUAGAGUUUACCCGUGGAUAAAGUGUAGGGGCUACACAGACAAGUUAUUAAAUAAAUAAACGAGCAGAGUAUCUGUUGUAAACAUUUCAGGUGAACUGGCCUCACAGUUAUUAGCUGCUCUUUCAUCCAUUCAGUUUCACUUACUGUGCAAACAGGAAAGUGGAUCGAGGCAAACGAUAACAGAACAAGACUUUUGGAGCAGCUCCAUGUGGGAUAAGAUCUGUCUGCAGUCAGUUGCCACAGUGUUUGCUGAAAUCGCCACACCAGAGCUGGUGGUUUAGCAAAAGUUCCACCAUUGUGGUGAUUUUGGUGUUUGUUCUCAUUCACGAGCUGUUCUCAGGAGCAGCUCGUGAAUCUCGAUUUGAAUCCCUCCGUGCACGGCCGCAUACGCUCGACAUGCAUCACUUCAGACUUUGCAGUCAGGAUUUGGGACUCCUUCUGAUUAAAUCCUGGAAAACUUUCUUCCGCUGAGUAAAACAACACGAACUUGUACCUUUUCAUGCAAAUCUGCUGCCAACAUCAUCAUCAUCAUCCUCGCCACUGUCACUGCCUUUUAUCGAUUUCCAGUAUGAACUGUAACUGAGAGGUGGAAAGACUUUCCCCUUUGUUUGCCUGUCCUGUGUAGAUACUUGUGUAUGUGUGUUUGAUAAUAUGAUGAAUGUAUUGAAAUUUAUACUUGACAACCUUUUUUUUGUUUUUUUUUAUGUUGAUCUAAUGUUAAUGAGUCAUUUUCCACUUAGAAACUUCCUUGUGGUAAAAUCUCCCUCCGAGGGUCUUUACAAAAAAUAAUCAGACAGAAUCAGAAAACUGCACGAAAAGUUAAUCAUCACCUCGUUCUGCCUGUUUUUCUAUACAGGUAAUACCUGUUGAGCUUACAGAGCAGCGCGAUUUGCCAAUGUUUGUAUCCAUGACAUUACCUGUUGCUGUGGCGACCAAGCUCCUUUGACAACAGUUUGCUCUUUGCUUGCAGUUUCCAUUCAGCGCUGUUUUUCACCCUCUUUUUUUUUUUUUCUUAAUUGUCCUGUAUUUAUUCAACACUUCAAGUCAAGAAAGAGAGUUAGAUGGAUAGCCCUGUUAUGUAAUCAGGUUUGUUUUAAUAUACCGUGCGCCUGGUAGAGUAUACUCUCAUAGGCUCCCCUGUUAUCCAAAGGAAAAGGAAGUGCGCAUUCACAUGCAUACCAUUAAUCGAUGUAGCUUUUGCAUCUCUUUUAUUAUUAUUUGGAAAGUCUAAAAUGCCAUUUGCCCACACCGGGAAAACAGGGAAAACAUUCACUGUCAUCAAGAAAUUGAUUGAGAACAUGCUGUACAGAGAACAGCGCUGAAAGUCUCCAGCAAUGCAUUACAAACACAUGUGGCGCUCUGGAUAUAAUCCUCCUAAGUGUGUCAAAAACAGGGUUACAUUGUGCUCUUCCAGCUUCUGUUCAGAAUAAUACUUAAAGAAAAAGACUUACAUGGUUUCCAGUAAAGCUUGCACGCUAGUCAGUAACCAGAGUGCUAAAGUUCAAAAUCUGUAUGUUUCUCCACCAUUCAGAGGCAGUGAAAUGUUUGAUCUGCAUGGCAGUGAAUGGCUUCAUACCUCACAGUAACACCAGCAGGCGUACACCCACUAAGUUUACCUACCUUUUUUUUUUCCCUACACACUGUUGUUAUCACUUUUUUUUUCUAGCAUGCUGCUUCUCCACACAGUGAGAGCAGUUUAUUUAUUAUCAAACCAUUUCCACCACCUACAGAGGAGAUUGAGCGCUAUGUCACCACAGAGACACAUAUGCAGCUACUGGACAUGAAGCAGCAGCUGUAAAGAGAUUGACUUCAUUGGGUCUUUUAUAUCAGAUAGAUGAAUAUCUUAAGUGAUUUGACUUUGAUUGACUUUGAUUUGGCUAUUUCUAAAAUCCAUUGUACAGUAUUUUUGCAUUAGCUGUUUCUUUCAGUUUGGGGAUAUUCGUGGAAUAUGUCAGUAAGCGAUGAAGGCUUUUGUGAUUCUCCUUCCUCCCUUUAUCUAAACCUUUAUUUAAAUGGGAAGCUUAGCGAUACAUUCUGAUACCUGGUAACUCCAGUUUUAGCAUCAUGUUUCACAAAUAUGCACGUUAAAGACAAAUAGAUUAUACUCUGAAAUGGCAACAAGGAUUUACAAAUAGUGCAAAGUCUACGUUGAUUUCAAUUAAAAUGUGGUUUUGCUAAGUGAAUGAUGCACACAUAUCCAGCAACGUUUAAACAAAUAAUCCAGGAAUCCAGCAGCAUUUCAGAGGUGCGACUAGAGGCAAAGAAAGUUAUGGAAGUGAUCAGGACACCUGCUACCGGCAGGCAAUGCAUGUUAAAGCUGAAAGUCAUUGAGAGCAGCUGUUUAAUUUGUUUUGUCUGUCUUGUCCAUUUGCCCCUUAAAAAAGGUUUAAAAUAUAAAACUUAAGUACACUAGCUGUUAAAGUGGGGGCAGGGAGCAGAACGCUGUCUCCAGGUGGCCACGUGCAGCAUGGAAACUGAAGCAGCUGAAAAUGUCUGUUGUGAUCCGCAGCUGCUGCUGUUACUUUCCCAGGUGUCUUGUACCAUUAGAACUGUGCCUCUUUGUUCUUUUAAAACAACAAACUUAAUGCACAAAUACUCAGACGUGGUGUUUUCUUAUCUGUAAAGGGUGGGUGAUGCUAGAACAUUUAAACAUUGUCCCUAUUGUCAUUGCAACUUGGCCCUGUUUGCAUUGUGGUGAGGCUGAAAGUUUGGCCUAAAUCCCUUCAAUGUGUGUUUAGUUAGGGGAAACACAUCCUGUUAUUUCAACUCUGCCUG